GUAGAAACUCUUUCAUCCUAUAUAAUCAUACAGGGACAAGCCUCAACUCAGACACUAGGGAGUAACACCUGACCACAGCAGCUCGAUUACCAUGAGAUUCCCUCCACUUCUUUGCCUUUUUGUCCUGUGGCUGGACAUGGACGUUUCAUUUUCUCAGAACGAGCCUGCAGGCUGUCAGACUCCACCAGCUCUCACCGAUGGAGACAUUAAGGACACAAUGAAACAGCACUACAGCCAUAGUGAGAGGGUCGAAUACAUGUGUCAGAAUUACUACACCAUGGAGGGUGACCCAUACAGAACCUGCAUCAAUGGUGAAUGGACUGGACAAAUUAGAUGCCUCAAGCCAUGCACCGUGAAUGAAAACGACAUGAUACAACGAAAUAUUGCAUUCAGAUACAGAGUUUACAGCAAGUUAUAUGCACCUCAUAACGACGUAAUUGAGUUCAGGUGUACCAGAGGAAGACCUGUUGGCGCAAUGCCCAUGCGUUUCAAGUGUAAUGAUGGUGUAAUGAUCCUGCCCACAUGCCAAUAAGAGUUUUAAAUGACUGGAAAUAAUCUCGCUUAUAAGGGCCAUGGGUGAACAAACAGGCACAGUUAAGAGGAAAAAACAUUUUAAUGUGUACUCACAUUACAAAUAAACUUCUUUUUUAAAAUUCA